AUUUGUAGAUUUGUAGGUCAUCUUGACAUUAUACAACCACUUAUCGACGUCCUUGAACGCCAUCUUGCACCGCCUGAGAGCUCCUCUAGUGCACCAUGAGAGUCUCAUUGGCCCGAUUGGCACGCAUCCGAGCUGCUGGACGGAUCAAUGGCCCAGGUGGGAGAUCCCGAAACUCUUACCAGUCGAGUGUUCAGUUUCAGGUUCAAGCCCUCAGUACGAGCUCUCAUGCCGCCGAGACCUCGACCUCGACCUCGACCUCGCCAUCGAACAGCUCCAACGCUGCCUCUCGGCCAUCCUCCUUCAAUUCCAUCAAUCCAGAAGAGAUACAACACUUUUCUGGCCUCUCAUCCCAGUGGUGGGAUCAACAAGGUGAAUUCGGGCUCUUACAUCGCAUGAAUCCUUCCCGUGUAGAGUAUAUCAGGAGGAAAGUAGCUUUGGAAUCUAAUGAGGAGCCACCGUGGACGUUUGAGAAGAGGUUCGAGCAUAAGGCUCUGGCUGCAACUCGAGGGACAGGUAGAUGGUUGGAGGGGAAGAAAUGUUUGGACAUAGGCUGUGGAGGUGGUCUCUUAUCAGAAAGUCUCGCUAGACUAGGCGGACACGUAACUGGCGUAGAUGCUAGCGAAUCAAACAUUGCUAUUGCAACGCUGCAUGCUUCGCAAGAUCCUCUCUUGCCAUUUCAGACCGCUUCCGUCGCCUCCUCCUCCUCCUCCUCCUCCUCCUCCUCCCACUCGGCUGGAACCUCGAGGACGUCGUAUCUUUCCGGAUCUCUCCAAUAUCGCCACUCUACAGCUGAGACGCUGCGGGAUGCAGGCGAGCAGUACGACAUCGUAUGUUCUAUGGAAGUCGUCGAGCACGUCGAGCAGCCUGGCGAAUUCAUGAAGUGUCUAGGAGACCUUGUCAAGCCCGGUGGUCACCUGAUCCUUUCUACCAUCUCUCGUACUGUACUCUCCCGCCUUCUCACUAUCACACUCGCGGAAGAUGUCCUGAGACUCGUCACUCCCGGAACGCACACCCAUUCGAAAUUCAUCAAACCGGACGAAAUGCGCCGCUUCGUCUUUGCUGAGAUGGGAGGUUUCGAUGUCUGGGAACAGAACAACGAUGCGAGCGAUGUCAGGCUGGAUGAAGUAGGUUCGACCCAGGGAAUCAUCUACGAUCCAUUAGCUGGACAAUGGAAGCUGUGGAGUGCGACGGAGGGGACAUGGAGCAAGGCUUUAGGAGAGGAGUGUAAUUACAUGUUUCACGCGAGGAAGCGGAGGGAAAGGUGAUGCAGCAUGAAGGCGAUUACCAUCUGAGAUGGCCUCCUGCAUGAAUUUCCACAGCGGUGACCGAUCGGUUAUCGUGGGCUCUCUUCAGUCGGUGCGGUGAGACACCUUUGCGUUCGCUCGCUUGGAUUGAAUGACGCAAAGAGAAGGGCGCAUGGACACAAGCUCAAAGCGGCCAGGCGGUAGGCUCCCUGACGCCGAAGAGGCAGCAAU